GCGUGGCCAGGCUCCUCUUCCCCCCCCCCCCCCGCCACCUCACUCCCUGCCUGCUCCCUCCCUCCCGCCGGGCCGCGGCUCCUCCCUGCACCACCUUUGGCCAAGCCGCGGGCGGGGACGCGCACACGGCACGGCUCCCCGGCGGCAGCGGCUUCAUCCGCGUCAAGCAUCCGUAGGGAAGGCGCCGUUCUCCUCCUCCCUUCCUCUUCUCGCUGCCCCCGCGGCCAUGGAGCUGCCCGAGAGCCAGUGCAAGAAAGUCAAGCUGAGCAACAGGGUGCCGAGCUGGGGAAUGCAGAGGGCAACCAAUGUUACCUACCAAGCUCAUCAUGUCAGCAGGAAUAAGAGAGGCCAAGUGGUAGGAACAAGAAGUGGUUUUCGUGGAUGUACGGUCUGGUUAACAGGUCUAUCUGGUGCUGGAAAGACUACAGUGAGCAUGGCACUGGAGGAGUAUUUAGUAUGCCAUGGCAUUCCAUGCUACACAUUGGAUGGUGACAAUAUUCGCCAAGGCCUUAAUAAGAAUCUGGGUUUCACACCAGAAGAUAGAGAAGAAAAUGUCCGUCGUAUUGCUGAGGUUGCUAAACUGUUUGCAGAUGCUGGUUUGGUGUGCAUUACUAGUUUCAUCUCUCCUUAUACUCAGGAUCGUAAUAAUGCCAGACGGAUUCAUGAAGGGGCAAGUUUGCCUUUUUUUGAAGUAUUUGUGGAUGCUCCAUUGCAUGUCUGUGAGCAGAGAGAUGUUAAAGGACUCUAUAAGAAAGCCAGGGCUGGAGAAAUUAAAGGUUUUACUGGGAUUGACUCUGAGUAUGAAAAACCAGAAGCGCCAGAGCUUGUGCUGAAAACUGAUUCCUGUGAUGUGAAUGAUUGCGUACAACAAGUUGUGGAACUUCUUCAGGAGAGGGAUAUUGUACCAGUGGAUGCCUCUUAUGAGGUGAAAGAGCUUUAUGUGCCAGAAAACAAGCUACAGUUGGCCAAAACUGAUGCUGAGUCUCUGUUAACCUUGGAAAUAAAUAAGGUGGAUAUGCAAUGGGUGCAAGUGCUAGCAGAAGGUUGGGCAACACCCCUGAAUGGCUUUAUGAGAGAGAGAGAAUACCUACAGUGCCUUCACUUUGACUGUCUCCUCGAUGGGGGAGUUAUUAAUCUGUCAGUGCCUAUAGUGCUAACGGCUACUCAAGAAGACAAAGAAAGACUGGAUGGGUGUACAGCAAUUGCACUGGUGUAUGCAGGUCACCGCGUGGCCAUUCUCCGUAAUCCUGAAUUCUAUGAACACAGGAAAGAGGAACGCUGUGCAAGGCAAUGGGGGACAACAUGCAAGGAACAUCCCUACAUCAAGAUGGUUAUGGAGCAAGGGAACUGGCUUGUAGGUGGAGAUCUACAAGUCCUUGAUCGUAUUUAUUGGAAUGAUGGACUUGAUCAAUACCGUCUCACUCCAGCUGAACUAAGGCAGAAAUUCAAGGAAAUGAAUGCUGAUGCUGUCUUUGCAUUCCAGUUGCGCAACCCAGUGCACAAUGGGCACGCUCUUUUAAUGCAGGAUACUCAUAAGCAGCUUUUGGAACGUGGCUACCGGCGCCCAGUUUUACUCUUGCAUCCUCUUGGAGGCUGGACAAAGGAGGAUGAUGUUCCUCUCAUGUGGCGCAUGAAGCAACAUGCUGCAGUACUUGAGGAGGGGAUCUUGAAUCCAGAAACAACAGUGGUGGCUAUAUUCCCUUCCCCCAUGAUGUAUGCUGGCCCAACUGAGGUUCAAUGGCACUGUAGAUCACGGAUGGUUGCAGGAGCUAACUUCUACAUUGUAGGGCGAGAUCCCGCAGGCAUGCCACACCCUGACACUGGGAAAGAUCUGUAUGAACCAACCCAUGGUGCCAAAGUGUUGACAAUGGCUCCAGGCCUCCGAGCACUUGAAAUUGUACCCUUCAGAGUUGCAGCUUAUAAUAAGAAAAAGAAGUGCAUGGAUUAUUAUGACUCUGAUCACCAUGAAGACUUUGAAUUUAUAUCGGGGACCCGCAUGCGCAAGCUGGCUCGAGAAGGACAAAACCCACCGGAAGGCUUCAUGGCUCCUAAGGCUUGGACUGUGCUGACAGAAUACUACAAAUCCUUGGAGAAGGCUUAGGCCUCUUAUUAACUGCAGAUCAACCUUUGACGCCUGAUUUAUUUACGAGAAGGGGACCACACAGUCACCGUUCAUGUUGCUUUGUUGUGGUGUCUGUCAGGAAGUUCUUCUCUGAAAACAGACUCUUUCUCCCUAACUUAGCAUCAUUCUUUGCCUGUCCUUAUGGAUUCUAUUAUGUCCUGGCACCUAACUAGCUGCUGGUUUUAAUGUCUUCUCUUUUAUUACAGUUAAUAUUCUUGCAGUAGGAUUUUUAACUCUUGUCUUUUUUUAUAUAUUUUACUGCCUCUGUCCUAUAAGUUCUGCAGCUGUUAAAUAGAUGCAGCUUUUUUCACAUGUUAUUUAAACUGCUGGGUAGUCCCUGGUUUUAGUAGUUUAUAGAAGAAAAGGUAAUGGUUAGACCCUUAACUAUUAAUAGAUUAUCUAUAAAUUGAAAAAGUAAAUAAGUUUUAAAACAUCUAUAAAGUGUCCUCAUCUUUAACUCAUCCUCAUCUCCAGAAGCACUUAACAUUAAUUUCUCACUAUACGUAAUCAAAAAGCAGAGGGUUUUUUAUGUAGCAUAAUUAAACUUUUUGCUUUCUUUGUUUAGUUUUUGAGUUCAUUGAGUUGUCCGGUGGUGAUUCUCUUCUGCUGUGGACUUGUAAAGAUGGCCAAGUAAUGAAUAAAAGAAAAUAUCCAGUUUUCACUUUGAAUUGAUACUAAUCUAGAUUUUUUUUUUUAUUUUUUAAUAUGUGCUUGUUGCCAUAGGUGUCAGUAGGAAAUGUUUUAUUUCAUUUCAUGUAACUUGCCAGUUUUCUGUUUUGGUUCCAAAUAUACUUGUUCAGCCUACUACAACUUUAAAAAAAGUAUGACAGAGCAACCUUGAAUUCAUGUUUAAUUAUUGCAAGAAAAAUAAAAACAAAAUCUUUAGGUCUUGGCAUUUCCUGUGGUACAAAUGCUUAGUCCUGAGGUUAAUUUUCUGGCUAUUUUUCAAGGUCUCCAAAGAGUAAUGUCGUUCUCUUGGUUCAGCUCUGCUUGCUUGAAAGACAAAGCAUGUGUUGUUCUUCUAGGAUUCUUCAAAAAUCCUGAAAUUGAUUCAUUCAGUAUAUGAAACAUUAACUGCUAAAGGAAGACAUAAAAAAUAAAGUAAAACACUUCAAGUGUAAAGUAACACUGACUUGUUGGGAUCUUUUCAAGCAUUUGCAGGUAAUCGGUGGAAGUGUUGUAACCCCUUUUAGCCUAUUAGCUAGAAACUGUCUCAUAUCCUUCUCACAGAAACUUACUCUUCUGUUAUUAAACAGUGUAUAUAGGAAGAACCAGCUCAAAAUUGUUUUUAGAGUAUUGAUACUGUCCUCCCACUGAGCCUGGAUGAAGCAUAUGUUCAUGUCUCUUUUUUUUUUUUUUUUUUUUUUUGGAUGGGGGGGGAAAGUUGUGAUGAGGGGACCUGUGUAAUGAAUGGGACAAAUGCUACUUGCAAUCUUUGUUUGUUUGCUUUGAUAAUUACUUCCUUCUCUUUUCUUCCUCUGUCUCUUUGAAGAGAUGUAGAAAGUAUCUUUCAAUGGGAUUCUUAUCUCUGAUAGAAAGUAAGGCAGAAUUGGGAAAAGGCAAGAGGCAUGUUUAUUAGCAAACCACAACAAUUACUUGAGACUGUUUUGGUAGUGUAAAGCUUAUUUCUUCAGAAUUGCUGAACAGAUUUUCUUCAAACUUGGCUUUCUCUUUAGAUUGCAUCAAUAUGUAGGAAGUGCAAAAUCCAGAAGAAGGACUUCAUUUAUGUGCAGCUGUUUGUGCAAAACUUCAAGUUCAACUAUGAAGGUGAACAAGCUUCUAAAAUGGGAUUUGCUGUUGGAAAUUGGAGUUUGGACUCUGCUGUCAGGUUUGAUUCUUUUGCUAGCUAUGAUGAAAUAUAAUAAAAAUACUUUGGCAGAAUAGCAAAUACAGGUGAAAGUUUGUAGAAGUUAAUGUUUUAAAAAUGCUGUGUGCGCUAUAUGAAGUUCGGAAAAUAAGUGGGAGUGGUGAGCAUGAAUGUGAAUCAUUUAGAAGUUAAUUUAGAAGCAGGAAGUUUGAGCAAAUUAAUACAGUGAUAACAAGCAGAUCUAGUUUUCAUGCUUAGCUGGUUUAAAGCUGAGGCCCUGUUGUUACAGUGCUUCUGGAAAGUAUUCCUUGCAAGGCUCUGUAUUAAAGCAGCUUUCAGGUUUAUUCUAACAUUAAGCCAACAGCUAUGGCAUUCCCAGCAUAAUGCUGAUUAAGAACAGGAGCAUCUGGUCAAUUUGUGGGCAGGACUUGCUCUAUGCAGCAGUAUCUUAUGGUAUCGUAUGAGUUUUCACUGUAGAGUUCAAAUUUUUCCUCUUGUCUGUAGCUGCCUUAUUUAAGGAAGCUGUACUUACAUGAAAGGGCUACCCCAGAAAUUAUUCUUUUGUCAAUGUGUCUCUUUAGCUUUUCUCUGCCUUAUCUCAGUUGGUAGCGUUGUCAGUUGGCCAGUCCUCAUUCUGUAGGUUCAAUUUCAUUAAGGGUGCUAUGGCAUUUGAAGAUCUUCUGAAACAACAGUUGAGUGUCUUCUAGGAGGCAGCAACAGUACUAAUGAGAUAAUGGUUGUUGUACCCAACACCUGUCUUCCCACACCUGCACUGUCACCAAAGAACAAAGACUUCAGGAACAUGCCACACAAAAGUAGUAAUACUCUUGAACCAUGUGAUGGAUAUGAGGGCAAGCAGGACCUAACUUUCCAGCUGGGAAAAUAAAAAGCUCCAUUGUUGCAUUUCUUCAGUUCCUAAAACAACUCUCUUACUGGAAAAGUACUGAUAUGUACAUGAAUCACGAAUCUAAGCAGUUAUAUAGGUGUGUUCUUUUCUUAUGAAGAACAGCAAAAUCAAACUUCCGAGUAUGUCCUUUUUCUAAAGGUCAUUUUGCUUUAACAAUCAAGAGAAGUUUUACUCUGUUCAUUAAAAUGAAAAAUGUCAAAAACUGUUUCCCCUGCCUCUACAUUGAUCUAUCUUGUAAAGGGUUCUUUACUUGCUACUCUUGUGCAGGAUAAUUUAUGGCUAUUAUACUGUGCUGCUUGUACAGUCUCAGGAUGAUUAUUCACUUCUAGCUGAUAAUUCUGAUGUAUGAAAGUAAUACCACCCUCAAUCCGUGUGGCUGAUACAAGGAUAAUCUGGACCCAGCUUUCCAAAAUACAAGGAUUAAUGAAGUAGGUGGAGAAUACCAAACCCUAAUCCUUAGGGUUAAAUAAAUGGUACAAAAUUACCACCUCUUCUAGGUGAAAUGAUUAAUUCCAGAUGACUUUGAUUCCUGCAAUACCUAUGAGCAACUUAAGAAAAAGGCAAGUUUUUUGUAAAGAACCUCAUGGCUGAGAAUUCUGUUUUCCUAUGUGAGCUCCUGUAUGCCUGUUUUUGACUAACACAAAUACUCAGAGUAACUUCUCGAGUAAGGAUCUACAGUUGUGAUGGAAAAAUAGUUGAUGAACGCUGAGGAUGCUGACUCCUGUCUGAUUUUUUUUUUUUAAAUCUUUCAAUAGGGGAUCUGAGCACUAACAAAGUAAUACAUCAGAGAUGUGAAAUGGAAAAUGUAGACCAGGUCACAGGUUUUUUUAGAUGCAGUUUGAAGCUAACCAAGCUUCUACAUCUGGAAUAAUUCAGUAGAAGUCAGGAGGGGGAGAAAAUGAGUGGAUGUCUUGGCAUGACGGUCAUGGUGGUGGUGGAAAUAGAACAGUGCUACCAUGAGCUGCAUAGCAAAUACUGUAAUUGGCUUGAAUUUGGACCUCCUUUGCAUUUCAUAUUUCCUUAAUUUCAAAAAGUUCCACAGGUAGGUCACACAGAGUUAAACGUACUGCCUUUCCAUGCUACAAAAAGAAUAAAAGUUACUUUGAGCAUCCUGAUUGAAUACUAACAGAGUAGUCCAGAUCCUUUUCCCUUCCUGAUGGAUUAAAGGUGCUAAUCAAUGUAUUAUCCUUUUUUCUGUAAAUGCUGACAGCUUCAAAAGCAAGUGUGUGUGUCAUUUUCGGUAUUUACACACAUGGUAUCCCUUGUAUCUCUAGUCUUGAACCUUUAAGCUUUUGUACUAGGCACUGUAGGAACAUAGGAAAAAAGCUCGCAUUUGUGCUUCCCAGUGAGUCAGAAGACAAGUUUACUAUGGCACCAUCUCUAAAGACAGGGAAAGGGAAAACUAUUCCUUCACUUAAUAUAAGAGAAUCCACAGGAAAAAAUAAGAUAGAAACUUUGCAUACAUGUCUGUUUAUGCAUCUAUAGGAACAGGAUUUACUGUGGUGCUUGAACACUAGUAAUGAAUGUAUAGGGGUGGUAUUCCACUUAUCACACCUGACACAGAAUCCUUCACCGACACCAACUGUAAAAUAAUAGGGACUUCAGCCUGGAGUAAUUUUGUUGAAUUAAAUGGUAGAAUGGAAGCAACUGAUAGCUCAGAAUUAAUAUUUUGUUGUUCUUUAUGAAUUGGUCUUGGAAACUUGCUUACCAAAACUCCUGAUUCAGAUGCUGUUAAAGAGGAGCAUGACACUAGUUCCAUUUUUUUCCAAUGUUUAGAGUUUUUUACAAGACAGAGGUGAGACGCUAGAUUGCCAAGGGUAAAUUUAAAGCCUUCAACGGCCAAUUCAUUGGAUAUGAGAGUUCCUUGCCAGCAGCCAAACAGGUGUCGGGUAAACAUGUGAUUUAAAGGAAGACUGUGCUGAGGUUUCUGCUCAGUUGUGGUGUUUUACCUUGAAGAAAGCCUGAGGGCUGGAAUAGCAGGGCCUCUUUUAAAUUUGCUUUCUCAUUUCACAAAAAAAACCUUUUUGAUUAUGAAUAUGGCUGGAUUUUUACUAGGCUUUUGAAGUGUCCAUUGAAGGGUUUUCUUUGUGUCUCCUGCAAGCUCUCUGUCUGCUCUUGUGGUAUUAGGAUUUUUUUUUACCUGUAUCCUUUUUCAUUAUUUAGUCUUUAUUAAAAUCACUUCUUUUUUUCUUUAUGGGAGGGUAUAUAUGUGCGUGAGCCAGAAUCAUGCCUUCAACAUUUCCAGAGCUGUUUGCCCUAGAAACCUCAUCUUGAUAUCAUUUUGAAGUUGAGAGGGGGGAGGCAACUACACUGAAAGCUAGAAAACACUACUUUAAAGCCACAUCUGGAAUUCUUAGAUAGUAAAUGGCUCCAACUUAAAACAGAGAAUAUAGAGAUUUUAUAUGCCAUAAAACUCAAGAAGCCUUGGAUUCAGUAUAAGGACUGUCACCCGACCUUCAUGUUAAAGUACAACUACACAAUGCUUUGAAGUAUGAUUGUAGUCAGAAUGCUACCUGUCUAAGUAUUUAAAAAAAAAAAAAGUCCGUUUCAGUAUAAAUUUCAGUGGGGUGGAAAUAGUGCCCAAAUCUUGCUUUUAUCCUCUGCAAACAAAGCUGUUUUGUCUGUGGGGUCCUACACUUGUUACUCUAAAUUGCGUCAUAUGAGAAAAUAUAAACAUUUUGGCCAUAUCCACUUAUUUUCAUCUCAUAACAGCAGUUAUGAUUGCAAGUAAAAGACUUACAGUCUAAGCUGUGAGGUUUUCGGUUUUUGCUGAGCACCUGCAGAUCUGCAGGCUUUCCACCCAGUUGACCUCUGCCUGAUUUUUUAUGGUCUAAAUCAAUUAUUUCUGUAAUGAUUGAUAGUAAAGUUUGUUGCAAUAAUUGUGAUGAGACAGAUGAAAGACACCUAUAUCCAUGUGUUAAUAUUCCCUGAACAUCAUUGGUGCAUUUGAUUAUAAAACAUGACAUUUUGUUCAGGAGGACAAACGUACUCCUCUAACAUGGAAACACUUCUCUGUUUUCAGGAGUGCUCAUCAGAGAAAGAGAAAACGUUUAGGUUUUCGUACUAUUAAUUUGAUUUGAUCAACAGCUUUCUCAAAGGCUUAAGUGGAAGCAGAAGAGACUCCUUGACCCUUAAACAUUUGGGUCAAAUGGGUUGUCUGCUGUAGAAUGGAAAACUGCAGCCAGAUAGUCCACGGAAAGUUGUUUGCAGGAUUGCUCACAUGUCAUUGAGUUCUGCCUUAUGUAUAGUUCAUCUACCACCUGUGAAAAACAAUAUUUUGAUCAUUUGAUUCAGUUGUUUCCAGACAAUGAAGACAAUCAUGAGACAAGAUCAAGUUUAAGCGUAACUUUCCACUAGGAAAAAGUUUAGCACUGUUAUAGUUUAAAUAUAAACUAGGGUACAGUCUGAAAGAUCCAGUGUUAUAAUUAUAUGAGCAAAAAUUUCCUAUCAUGCUAUGUGACAGCGGAGCAAUAAACAUGCCAUCAGAGUCAACAUCAGAAGUACAGUGCAAAAUGCUAAGUAUUAUUGACACUUCUUCAUUAGAGACAUUUAUAACUCCUUUGUUCAUUAUUUCUUCAAGGAAAAAUACUGCUUCUUUUUGAAAACUGAAAAUAUGUUUGCUUUUACUUGGUAGCUAGAGACACUCAGAAAGGCAGUGAUUCUUCAUAGUUUUUACUGUUUUGCUGUGAGUAUUUUUAAAUACACGCACACUUCUGAGCUCCACAAUGAAAUGGCUUUGCAAAGAACAUUAAAGGUUUAAAGUUCUCCUUUGUAAACGUUCUUGGCUAUUUUACUUGUAGUAGUUUGGUCAUUUUUUCCUCUGUACAAAGAGGAAAAAAAAGUCUCAUAAAGGUUGAUCUUAUGUAGAGAUUGGGUACAGAAUUUUCAUCAACUAUUAGAAUAACUAUAGCUGGUUUCCUUUUCAUACAAGCUUUUCAUUCAUGUUGUGAGGAUUUCUUGUCAAAUACUUCAUGUGCUGGAGAAAAGUGUAUUUAAAGACGGUGAAUUGAUGGUGGAGAAUUCCAGGAUAGCUUCAUUCAAGCACCAACAAUAAAAGACCACAUCGUGUAAUAUGUAAUUCUUUCAGAAGAAUACUGUGCCUUUUCUAUAAUCAUAGUUGUGAAAUAAAUGCAAAUUCAAAGCAGCAUGUUCUGUCUAAAACAUGUGCAGAAAGAAAUGAACAUUCUUCAGUCGGUGGUUCUCUGGGGGAAAAAGCUUCCUUUUCACAUUUUGAAUGUACUUGAAAAAUGAAACAUAAACAUCCUGAUCUUUCCAUUUCCAUACUUAAAAGAUGUGUCUUGAUAGGUGACCAAUGUGUUUUCUGUCUCUUAUUCAAACAGUUGCAUUGUCUUCAGUUUGAGCAUUUGCUGAAUAUUGGCAGCGAACUGAAAAUCAUGGUCUAUUUAGACCAAUUCUACACUAGACAGUUUCAAACAUGCAAACUCAUUUUUUCAUUUAGACAUAUUCAAUUGACUUUUUUCACCUGUAUGUAACCUGCAACAACUCCUUAUUUCAGAUUUUUUUACAUAACUAUGUAACUAAUGAAAGAAAACUCAGCCUCUUUACCUGUUCUUGGUUUGAUUAUUAUCCUAUAUGUGUCUGUAGAUCUUGAAACUAAUCCUAAGGAAAUAGGUGCCUUUCCACAUUGUUUUUGUAAUGUUAUCUCUGGAAGACAUCAUCGAUGUUUGUCAAUGUGAACUUGAAAGAUCUGGCUGCCUGUGGAGAAAUGAAUCUGAUUGUAUUGAGAGCCUGCAGAGUUUGUGUUAACUCUCCUCUCUGUAAGUCUGUGACUGGAUGUUGGAAUACUCAGAGGCUUUUAUUUUGGCAGAAAAUGGUUGUCACUGUUUUCUUAAAUGUGACACAAUGGGGGUUUCCAAAGUAAUACUUAUCUUAACUAGCCAAAUAAAGACAAAAAUCGUAAACUAGGAGCUUUUUAGCCAGUGGCUUACAAAACGAUCAGUAGAAAUUAAAGAUGACCUGCCCACUAAAACCCAGAGGUUUGUGCAUGUGUAUAUCCCCAGGGAGACGAUCAGUAACGUGAAGAAUUCCAGCAUCGAAGAGGAUUUUAUGCAGUAUGAAUUUAUUGUGCAUUUCAUGGCUCCUGUGGAAUUUUCAAUGUCUGCUCAAUCUCCACAUGAAAUUUUAAUAAAAUAUGUGCUCAUAGUA